AUGACUACUUAUGAGAGGUUGAACAGAGACAGCGAAGAGAUAGAAAGCAAUAGUGACACCUCAAGAAGUGGGAACCCCCGGUUGUCAUUCUCGAGUCUGGUACUUCCAGACCAAACCAAUAUCAGCAAUGACACCACGACCACCACCACUUUGCCCUCACAAUCAUCUUCACCAUCACCAUCCUCAUCCUCAUCAUCAAUACCAAAUCCAAACGAUUUAGAAUCACAAACACCCCCACGUCUUACCCCAAAACAACGCAUAAUACGAGUGCUCAACCACUUACUACCCGUGAAACAAACUUACGAACGACUCAAUAACGGAUUACAAACGGGCCGAAUGCAAGCCAAUAGACCUGGCAGAUUUAUUGGCCAAGGAACUGAUGGCGUCUUCCAAAACUUGAUGGCAAAACCAGAUACCGCCUCCACUCUUCAACAACAGCAUCGUGAAUUACAUCCACCCACUUAUGACGAAGCCAGUCAAGAUAACAGUCCCGAGUACUGGGAAUCCACCAUGAUUUCACCCAUGUUUGACGAUGAGGUGUUUGUGCAAGGGUUGCCCGUGGGGAAUAUAGCCAAUUUUAUAUGGAACGCCUUGGUUACGGUUGCAUUUCAGUUUGUUGGAUUCAUCUUGUGUUAUUUGUUGCACACGUCACAUGCUGCGAAACAGGGGUCGCGGUUGGGGUUGGGAAUCAAUUUGGUCAUGUAUGGAUGGGAUAUCUUGCCUGCGUUUGUCGGAAGUGCCAAGGAUCCUCCUAAAAAGAUUCAAGUUGAUAAUCCCAAUGAUUAUGAAAUUGAAAAGAGUGCAAAGAUAAGUGGCAAGAUAGAUAGCUAUAUAGCUCUGGGUUUUUUUGUUCAGAGUCUGGAUACAUCGGGCACGAAUCCAGAUGGAGUUGCGGAUGGAUUAGAGAAUGGGAGCUCUUCUACUCCUUAUGUUGCUUAUGGGUUGAUAUCAUUUGGUUUGUUUAUAAUCAUCAAAAGUAUAGUGGAUCUAUACAAGGUGAAACGGUUGGAAAGAUCGAUAUUGAGUCCAUCCGCGGGGGCAGGUGCCAGCACUACGGGUACUACUACUGCUACUGCUACUGGUACUGCUACUGCCACGACAGAAACUCAGGAGAGUCAAGAUUCCACCAAUGGCCAAGACCACGGGAAUCAAGAUACAACCGACCUACGCUAG